AUGACGGUGGUGGAGAUUUCUCGAGGCGACAGCACAACAAAGGCGGUUAAGGUUUUGAAAAUGAAAGGGGAUAGUUCUUUCGUUUUGAAAAAUUAUAGAAGAAAUGUUGCAAAAGCUAUUGGUGAACCAGGCUCAAUCAUUAGGCUUUUUGCAAAUCAACCCAAUAUUCUUGGAUUUUGGGCAUGCAAAGAUGGCUAUAGGGCUGGUUGUAGAAGGAUAGUAGGUUUAGAUGGAUGUUUCUUAAAGGGCUACUAUGGUGGCUACUUGCUUGCAACGGUUGGGAUAGAUGCAAAUAAUGACAUCUAUCCUCUUGCAUAUGCUGCUGUCGAAAGUGAAAACCAAGCAUCAUGGCUUUGGUUCUUGGAGUUGCUUGCAAUAGACUUGGAAAUUGUGAGCUUAUACCAGAUAUCUGUCAUGUCUGACAAACAAAAGGGACUUUUAGAAGUAAUAUGUAUGUUGUUUCCUAAUGCAGAAACAAGACACUGUGUUAGACACCUACAUGCCAAUUUCAAGAAGAUUGGUUUCCGAAUAGAGGAAUUGAAAGAUUUGCUUUGGAACGCUGCCAGAGCAAGCACUACAAAGGAUUUUCAGGAUGCCAUGGAUGAAUUGAAGAAAACCAAUCAGCAUGCUUAUGAUUUGUUGAAGGAAAAGAACCCUACUCACUGGUCAAGGCCUCACUUCUCAAUUAGGAGUCAUUCUGACAUGUUGGUGAAUAAUCUUUCUGAAUCCUUUAACAAGAUGAUACUGGAAGCAAGAGGGAAACCUAUUCUGACCAUGAUGGAAACAAUAAGGACCAAGAUUAUGUUGCUUAUUGUCAAGAAAAAAGAAUAA